AUGAAGGACUAUUCCGAAAAGUCUUUACCCAUAGGUUAUAAAUGGCGCGUAUCCAAAUGGUUCACCCUGUCAACUAUUGCAAUCGCAUUAUUUGCUGAAACUUUCCUAUAUGGAUUUCUCGUUCCAAUUCUUGGGUAUAUGCUUCAAGAGCGUCUCCAUAUAAAUCAAUCUCAAAUUCAGAUAUUCACAUCUGCCGUACUUGCUCUCCAUGGUGCGCUCGCCAUGUUAUCUAGUCCUAUAAUCGGGCAUUUUGCCGAUAAGAGCUCGAACCGCAAGCUUUGGUUACUGUUUUCUCUUGCAUGGUGCAUCAUUGGCACUGGUAUGGUAGCCAUCACUCAUUCAGUUCCUAUAUUAUUCAUAGGGCGCGCAAUGCAAGGAGUUGCUGGCUCCGCUGUAUGGAUAAUUGGCUUUGCAACAGUCGCAAGCAUCUACGAAGAGAACGAGCGAGGCUUUGGAUUGGGUAUGAUGUCAUCUUUUGCUAACACCGGGACAAUUGGUGGACCUGCUGUAUCUGGUUUGCUUUUAGAGGUUGCAGGUUACUGGGUGACGUGGUCCGUUCCGCUUGUCAUAUUAAUAAUUGACCUUCUGGCACGUGUCAUUAUGAUAGAGGCUUCGGAUACAACCGCUCGUUUGACUCCGGAUAGCAAUUCGGAGAGAACGAACUUACUUCUCGAAAGAGAGGGCGAUCAAAUUGUAUCUGGCGCCGGGAGAUUCUGGAGAAUUAUGUUGACUGAUGGUCGUGUCGUUACCUGUUUAUUGAUGACGAUUACGAGUACGACUGUGAGCACCAGCUUUAAUGCCACUCUGCCUCUACAAGUUCAAGAGAUGUAUGGAUGGGGCCCUACUAUCGUUGGACUCCUCUUUGUCGGUCUUGUAGUCCCUGGACUUCUUAUUGGCCCCAUAGCCGGCUGGGUUCGCGACCGAUUUGGAGCAAGAAUUCCUGCUGUCGUUUGUUCUAUCAUCCAGGCAGUAUUCCUGGGACUUUUAGGUAUUUCUGGUAGCCAGGCUGGAAGUGGUACGCUCUAUAUAGCAUCUAUCAUAAUCAUAGGUGGCCUGCGACCAUUUGUGUCUGGUAACGCACCCGCUGAGUUGGUUGCUGCUGGAAAAGCACUUCAAAAAAAGACUCCCCAUGCUUUUGGGUCUCAAGGUUGUUUGUCGCGCGUAUUCUCGAUGCUCGAUGCUGGUGCAUCUCUUGGGAUGAUGUUGGGUCCUAUCAUAGGCGGUUCUUUUAAGGAGCUGAUCGGGUACCGAUAUAUGAACUGGAUUUGGAGCUUUUUAUAUCUCAUGAUUGCCGUUCUUGCCCUGUAUUUUCUUGAACAUAAAGAGAAAGAUGAAAAGCUUGGCUUUGAGGAGAGUAUCUAA